ACUUUGCUUAAAAAUACAGUAUAUACAAAUACUAAAAGUGGUACAUCUUUAGUGUUGAAUUCUCUGUCCAUGUAUGAUGUGGGCUGUUUUGAAAUAAGCAGACAGGAACAAAUUAAUAAACAUGUCUUGGAAUUCCGGAAAACUUAGUUGGUCUGAGGUUCGUGACUUGUUUCGGAAGUGGAGGGAAGAGAAUGAGAGGAACAGUCGUGAGAUAGUUGAUUUGUGGGAAACUGUUCUGAUGAAGAAAGUUCAUAAACUAGGUGACGAAAGGUUGCUGGUCCUUGAGCAGGUCUGUGUUGCAGCCUUGGACUGUAACAGACUGGAUGUCGCAGACAGAUGUGUGCACACACUUUCUACAGAAUUUCCUACUAGCUUAAGAGUCCGACGUCUUAGAGUUCUUCAGUUGGAAGCAAUGGAACGGUAUGAUGAAGCACUAGAGUUGUUGGAUUCAAUAAUCAAAAGAGAUGAAACUAAUGCAGCACCUCGAAAAAGGCGUGUAGCAAUUUUUAAAGCAAGGGGCAAGAUUCCAGAAGCUAUUAAAGAGUUGACAGACUACCUGAAAAAGUUUAUGAGUGACCAAGAAGGCUGGCAAGAACUUUGUGAGCUCUACCUAAUGGAACAAGAUUUAGCUCGUGCGGCUUUCUGUAUGGAAGAAUUGUUACUGCACAAUCCACAUUCUCAUUUAAUACAUCAGCGUUAUGCUGAAAUAAAGUAUACACAGGGAGGAUUUGAAAACAUGGAACUUGCUCGUGCACAUUACUGUGAAGCCAUCAAGUUGAAUCCAAAUAACAUGAGAGCUUUGUAUGGACUAUUUUUGGCAGCAACCAACAUAGGUUUGUCACCUAAAUGCACAUCAACAAAGAAGAAGGAAGCACAGAAAUUAGCAAAGUGGGCUCUCCAUGAAAUUGCUCUCAGGUAUGAGAGGCAGAGUAGAAAUAAAAAACAGGUAGCAUCCCUGGAAUCCCUUGUUAGUUCAUUGCAAAUUUCUGGAACAUCAUAAAAUUUGAAAGUUCAAUGCUUUACUUUUACUUAAGUUUAUUGUUGUAAGGUCUAUAGUAUUUUAAAAAUGAUGUCUUUACACACUGUUAUUUGUGAACUUUGAAAUUGUUAAUAAAUGUGUAUAAUUUAUUUUAAGUUAAUAGUGAAUGAUUCAUUGUAUAUGCAGUGAUGGAAACUAUAAACAAUGUUGCAGUUGUGGAAUCUUGAUCUUUGGCAAAAUUAAAAUCAUUUUCUAUUAUUA